AGAACUGAAAGAAAAUUUUCCAGAAGCUGUAUAUAGACAGUAUUUGAGUGAUGGAUGAAGUAUCAGGCUUUUGUAUUAAGCAACUUGGUGGUGGCAAUAAUGGCAGCAGUGGCGGCACAGGGACCAAGUGUGGGAGGUGGAAUCCAACAACUGAACAGGUUAAAGUUCUUACAGACUUGUUCAGGUCUGGGCUCCGAACUCCUAGUACUGAUCAGAUCCAAAAGAUAUCUUCUCAGUUGAGCUUUUAUGGUAAGAUCGAGAGCAAAAAUGUUUUUUAUUGGUUUCAAAACCAUAAAGCUAGAGAAAGACAGAAACGCCGCAGAGUUUUGGUCGACGAACCUAAUGAAUUCCACCACCAAGAAAAGCUUUCAUCAGCAAAAUAUCUCGCAGAGUUAAAUCAGGUUAAUUCUGAGGCUGAAAGAGUACCGGAGACUUUGCAACUAUUUCCACUCAACUCAUUCAGGGAGCCGAUGGAGUCGGAGAAGCGUAGAUUGUUUGCAAAUGAUUCCUGCAAAGAGAAUUCAUACAGUAUUGGGACAGAAAUGGAUCAUCCCACAUUGGAUCUACGAUUAAGUUUCCUCUAAAAGAAGGCUGUCUGUAUAGAAAAUGUUACAAGGACAAAGCCUUAGCUAGGCUCAUGAUUCAAAUUUUAUGAUUCUGAAAGUUUAGGCUAUGAAUUUACAAUGCACGUAGCUCGAGAAAAUGAAUCUGUGCUUUGAAGGUUGAAAAAUGCUACGACAUUCUCCUCUGCAUGCUCGUAAAUAAAGCAUUGUUCUUUUUAUUAUUA